GGGCGGUGUCCGCUUGAGUUUGUGUGGCCGCCACCGCGGGAACGCGAGCCCGGUAAAUUUUCAACGGAGAAAGGCGAGGCUCUCGGGCUUGGCUGAGUGAGAGUGAGCGAGUGUCGGGCUCCAGCAGUGAUACCGGCAUGGAGAGUGAGCAGGGCACGCAGCCUGGCGGCGAGGCCGUGACUCCAGCGCGGCAAGAGCCGCCCGGGUCGGAGUGUGGGGAGGAGCCGCGGCGUCCGAAUCCCGAGAAAAAGCAACGAUGUAGAUUUGAUGGCCAAGAAACAAAAGGAUCUAAGUUCAUUACCUCCAAUGCAAGUGAUUUCAGUGACCCAGUUUACAAAGAAAUUGCUAUCACGAAUGGUUGUAUUAAUAGAAUGAGUAAGGAAGAACUCAGAGCUAAACUUUCAGAAUUCAAGCUUGAAACUAGAGGAGUAAAGGAUGUACUAAAGAAGAGGCUGAAAAACUAUUACAAGAAACAGAAGCUGAUGUUGAAAGAGGGCAAUUGUGCUGACAGUUACUAUGACUACAUUUGUAUUAUCGACUUUGAAGCCACUUGUGAAGAGGGUAACCCACCUGAGUUUAUACAUGAAAUAAUUGAAUUUCCUGUUGUUUUACUGAAUACCCAUACCUUAGAAAUAGAAGAUACGUUUCAGCAGUAUGUGAGACCAGAGAUUAACACACAACUUUCUGAUUUCUGCAUCAAUCUAACUGGAAUUACUCAGGAUCAGGUAGACAGAGCUGAUACCUUCCCUCUGGUACUAAAGAAAGUAAUUGACUGGAUGAAAUUGAAGGAAUUAGGAACAAAAUAUAAAUACUCUAUAUUAACAGAUGGUUCAUGGGAUAUGAGUAAGUUUCUGAAUAUUCAGUGCCGGUUAAGCAGGCUCAGAUAUCCUCCUUUUGCUAAAAAGUGGAUCAACAUUCGAAAGUCGUAUGGGAACUUCUACAAGGUUCCUAGAAGCCAAACCAAACUGACAAUAAUGCUUGAAAAACUUGGAAUGGAUUAUGAUGGGCGGCCUCACAGUGGUCUUGAUGACUCUAAGAACAUUGCCCGAAUAGCAGUUCGAAUGCUUCAAGAUGGAUGUGAACUCCGAAUUAAUGAGAAAAUGCAUGCGGGACAGCUAAUGAGUGUGUCCUCGUCAUUACCGAUAGAGGGCACUCCAGCUCCACAAAUGCCACAUUCUAAAAAAUAGCAACAUUUUUUUCCCUUUGCCGGUGGAUCAUUUACUCUAAGUGGAGUUGCUACAAAGAGGUAGCCGAUGAAUACUUACUGAAUUAGUCCUGCAGUGCAAAAUUUAUGCACCUUAAACACUUAAAAUCUUACUACACUUACGCAUAUAUACAUAUAUGUAUAUGGACAGAGUCCGUGGGGAGGGCUGUUGAAUUCUUUGUCACCAGCACUUUUGAUAAGAGCAAUAUUUGUUACACAGUAACUGUCCCUGCUUAGAACUAUAUUACUACAUUUUAUAGUUUAAGUGGCCAAAUGUGUUCCCUUUGAUUUUAAAAUGCAAAGGUUUAUUGGCUCUCCCCUUGAAUGUCAUAUUUUAUUGGUUUUAAAAUAUAUAAUGUAUUUCUACAUUAACAUCAUUAGAUCAAAUCAUUUCUUGAAAUGCAGAAAAGAUUGGAAGGUGCGCCUUAUUUAGCAUUUGGGUUCUAAGAAUACCAUUUUGAUUUUUGAAGUUUACGUAUGAAAUUCGGCUGUGUGUAGUGAAUUUCAUCAAUUGCUUGGUAUAAUAAUCUGCCUACAUUUCUUUUUUCAUAAUUGGAAGACUUGUGAUAGAUUAUGGGGUCUUGUUAAAAAUUCAGUUACUAGUGAGAUUAAUGGACAGUCAGAAGAAAAUAUCAUUUAAAGGAAUAUAAGGGCUGUAGCUUGAGUUUUAUAAUACAUAGAAAAACUAGUGAGGUUUUUUUGGUCUUCCUCCCCCUUGUGUGUGUGUGUGUGUGUGUGUGUGUGUGUGUGUGUGUGUGUGUGUGUCUGCCUUAAUUUUUAAAUUUCAGAGACCAUGCUUUGAAAUAGAUGUAAAAUUAAGGGUCAGCACUUAAUUUUGCAUUUGUAUUCAAUAUAAGUGAGGUUAAUAAAGUCAAAUAAUGCUUUCUACUAUAUCUGACAUUUUUAUUAUUAAAAACUGAAUUUAUGUAGUGAGUGACCACUGAAUGUUAAGUUGUUCUUAACUAAUUCUAAAAAUAAAAAAUAUAUUUACAAAGUUGAGAAAGUAAAACUCUUCAUAUCUAGAAACUGAAAAUCCAAAUUUUCACAAUUGAAUUUUCCCAGAGAGCUUUCAUGGAACAAUCUGCUGAUUUUCUUUUACUUUCUAAUAAUAACUGUGAUGCUGCUUUAAUGAAUUUUAUAGGAUUUUUCCAAUGCUGAGGCAUAGGAGAAAAGUAGGCAUUUUUCUUGGUAUGAGAAGUCUCUACACAGUGCUGUAGGUUUCUUACUUGAAAGAAUUUCUGCCUUAGAAUUGGUAUAAUAAAGACUUAACAAGUGGCCAACAGAAGGCACAAGGGUAGACAAAUUGAUACGGAAUAUAGUGAAGCAGGAAAUUGAGCUAUUUUAGGUUUGUACGGUAAAAUCUUGGGGUGAGGCAGACAUCUCUGAGAUUUUUGUGAAUCCCAAAUUGUACCAUAUAACAUACCAUAAAAUAUUGCUGAAAGUUUUCAAGAAUUUCCUUCAAGUCCUUAUUGAGUUACUAUACCAGGGCAGAGGAACAGAGAAUAGCACAUUACUUAUUGAGGUGUGGAUGCCUGGAGGUCCACUAGGCACACUCCUUAGGUGAUUUCCCACAGAGUCACCUUACUGUAGAAUUCAAAGUCCUGCUCUAGCCAAAGAGUAGUGAUUUCUCCCCAGCUUCUAGAAUUGCUCAUAAACAGCUAAAGUUGCAAUUGGGAAAUCUGAGGUUGCCAAAGAACUACUACAUUGCCAUCUUGUUUGGUUUGUUUUUAAGUUAAGCUGCUAAUUUCUUUGCCUAUGUUUCUUUUUGCCAGGUAUCCAAGUACCAACAAACUCAUUUUGUGUUUCUUUUUUAAGACUUUCAGCAUUAUAAGCUCUCAGUAUCUGUAGAUCAACCAAAUCCUUUAUCUGUUAAUGUUUUAUAGCUGGUGAUGCUUUACCCUUUUUUGUUUUUUAACUUUAUUGAGGAAUAAUUGAUGACUAUAAUUCUAUAUAUGUAGGUGUGUGAUGAUUUAUACAUUGUGGAAUGAUUAACAAGAUAAAGAUAAUUAACAAAUACAUCACCUCAUAUAGCUGAUUCGUUUUUGGUGUUGGUGAGAAUGCUUAGGGCCUAUUCUCAGCAACUUUCACCUGUAUAAUGUCAUGAUUAACCAUAGUCACCAUGUACAUUAGAUCUUACUCAUAACUGAAAAUCUGUGCCCAUUGACCUACAUCCCUCUUUUCCCCCCCAUCCCCACCCCUUG